GCCAGCAAGCGCGUCCGCGCCACCGACACUCCCUGCAUUGUGCAGAUGCAGCAGAUGCUGCGUGGCAGGGAGGGCGUCCUCUCGCUCGCACAGGGCAUCGUGCACUGGCCGCCACCCGAGGCGGCACUGGCCGCGGGCGUCGCCGCGAUGGGCGAGCGGAGCACCAGCCUCUACGGUCCCGACGACGGCCUUCCCGAACUGCGCGCCGCGCUCAAGGAGAAGCUGCGCGUCGAGAACGGCAUCGACGGCGGCGAGGUGAUGGUGACCGCGGGAGCGAACCAGGCGUACACGAACGUGGUGCUCUCGCUGCUCGACGCGGGCGACGCCGCCGCCCUCUUCCGACCGUACUACUUCAACCACCUCAUGGCGUUGCAGAUGACCGGCUCACAGCUCGACCUGUGGCUGCCCCCCUCGCUGCCGGACCUGCAGCCCGACAUCGGCGCGCUGAGGGCGGAGCUGGAGGCGCGCGCCCGCGGCGAUAGGCCUCCGCUCCGGAUGCUGACGCUGGUCAACCCUGGCAACGCCACCGGCGCGAGCCGGCUCUGCGCGUCGCACGGCGUCUGGCUGGUGGCGGACAGCCGGCAGGAGCACUUCUCCGCACGCGUCAUGUCCGGGUCAUGUCCGGCACGUGUCCUGCAGUGCGUCUCCGGCGAGCACGUGAUCAACGUCUUCUCCUUCUCGAAGGCGUUCGGCAUGAUGGGCUGGCGAGUGGGGUACGUCUCCUUCCCGGCCGCCCUCGCGCCCGAGAUGCUGAAGGUGCAAGACACCAUCGCCAUCUGCCCGUCGAUCGCCUCGCAA